AAAUGAGAAAUCCAAAUAAAAUAGAAAACUUUGCAGUCUGUGGGUGGAGUUGUUGGAUUUUUCUAUAUAUUUUGAGUCGUCUUACCCCGGCAAUCCCUCCGCGGAUCUACAACUUGCCACGUAAACUUGUUUGAAAUUCGACGAGCAUAUAAAUACAAGAUGUGUGGACGAUCAGCAGAUAGUUUCAGUUUCGCUUAAGAUGUUCGCCAGAGUGCUGAGAAGUGUUCUGUGCAUUUGUGCCCUGGGCACAAUCUUCUCAGUUCCACCGGUCUUUGCGGAAUCGUAUAAAAUAUGCGUUCCGCACAAAUUGCAAAAAGUCUGCGAGGAUCUCAUGAGGUCCAAACCCUCUGACCAAGCUACAAUAGAAUGUAUUCCGGGGCGAGAUCGAAUGGAAUGUUUGGAUAUUGUGAACAAACGGAAGGCAGACUUUAUGGCUGUUGAUCCAGAGGACAUGUAUGUGGCUUACAAAAUGAACAACCAGGACUUUGCUGUCUUCUCCGAAAUUCGAACACUGGAAGAACCACAGGCUGAAUUCAGAUACGAAGGAAUCAUUCUUGUUCACAAAAAUUCUCCCAUAAAUUCUCUGGCCGAUUUGCAGGGCAAGAAAUCGUGUCAUACAGGCUAUGGAAGAACGGUUGGAUACAAAGUUCCGAUCACAAAACUUCGAAAGCAUGGCAUUUUCAAAUUGGACAAUGAUCCAACUAUUCCGGCUGUGGAAAAGGAACUCAGAGGACUUUCAAAUCUCUUCACACAAUCAUGCAUUGUGGGAAAAUACUCACCUGAUGAUGAAAUCAAUAGAGCACUGAAGAAGAAGUACGCAAAUCUCUGUGCUCUUUGUGAAAAUCCUGCUCAGUGUGAUUACCCGGACAAGUAUUCGGGCUAUGAUGGUGCUAUUCGAUGUUUGGUGGAGAAUGGAGGUGAUGUAGCGUUUACGAAAGUCAUCUUCGUUAACAAGUACUUUGGCCUUCCAGUUGGGAAUAAUCCUGCUGCUCCUGCUACUGGUACAGCCAAUGCCAAUGAUUAUGAAUAUCUUUGUGAGGACGGAAGUCGUCGUCCAGUCACAGGACGAGCCUGUACGUGGGCUCAACGGCCAUGGCAGGGCUAUAUGGCUAACGGAGAUCUGCGUAGUCGCUACGCUAAGUUACAGGAGCAACUGAAGUUGAUGUAUGAGGAGGGAAAGAACUAUUCGGACAAGGAAUUGGCUAAGAAGAUGUUAAUUAAUGAGAAAAAUUUAGUUGUAACGAAAGAUAGUCCUGUUCUUCCUGGUGAACAUCUUACAAGGGCUCAGUAUAAAGACGUAAUCGAAAGGCUUGGUCCCUACGAUCAUACAAUCAGAUUCUGCGUAUCUGAUACAAUUGCUCUUCAGAAGUGCGAAACUAUGCAAAAAGCCGCAUUUUCACGCUAUAUUCGGCCCCAGUUCAAGUGCCUGCUGAAAACAGUUGAAGAAUGCUCUUCUGCUGUGCAGAAUGAUGAAGCUGAUGUGGUAGUUCUAAAAUCGGAUGAGUACGCCAUAGCUAGAAAACACAAUCUUGUGUCCGUUCUCCAUGAAUCCCUUGCGGAUAAUGAUGUAUUUGUGGCAGUUGUUGACAAAGAUGUAAAAACAGAUCUUCUAAAGAAGGCAACCUUGAACUUUAAUAGAGAGGACUCUAGAGCCUUGAACGCUGCUCUGCUUUUCAACGAGAAAAAAGGACAACCGUCAUGUCCUCUCGAUGCAGUUAGUACAGAAAAUGGAAUCGUUAAGAUCGUAAAUGCAAGGGAUUUGAAGGACAAUGACGAUCAGGAAUUGGUUUGUCAGGACUUUUCUAGGAAAUCUCUUCAGGAAUUCAGCAAUUGUAAUUUUGAAGCUACUCUACCGACUGCCGUAUUUGUUCGAAGUGGCGUAAGUUCAAAUAUCCUGGAUGGAAUCAUUCAUAGUUUAACAGCUGCUGCAACGCAAUUUGGGAAAAAUGCACAAAAUGAGGACGUCUUUGAGAUGUUUGGAGAGUUUGAGCCAGGAUUUAAGAAUGUGAUUUUCAGUGAUAACGCUGUAAAGUUGAUCACUUCGUCUAACUUCAUUCCAACUUUUGACGAAGCUCACUACAACAAACUCCGUUGCAAUAAUUAAUAAAUGUUAUUUUUCAUUGCAA